AAUAUGUUUUGAAGGAUGCCGAGAGUAAACAAGGAGAAGUUCCUCCGUAUCCUUUUUCUGAAUGCUCUCCAUCUCUUUUCCUCACACACAAAGUGUGACUUAUCCGAGCACAUUAGUCAAACCCUUAUCAGCGAUUUAGCCGUGACUUUUUCUUGUCGCCUUUUAUCACUGUUUUGUUGCCUGGAAACUGAGGUAGUCUUUCGAAAUGUUGAAAAGUGGGACCGAGGUAUGCAAGUGUCUCUUAACAACCACAAACUGCUGGCAAAUUGUUAUUCACGAUGUUUUCUUCAGAAAUACAGAUAUUGUUCUUUCAUCUCGGUACAAAAUAAUACUCUAAAUUCAGAACUCAGUUGGUGCCUUGCUCGGAUAAUUGAUGGUCGUUCUAUGAAGUCAUGCGAAUGGGUUCAGAAGAAAUGGACGUAAAAGCAGCGAUUAUUGAAAUUUAAAGAAAACACUUUUAGAAUUAUAUACCAAUAAAUUUGCCAAAUAUGAUAA